GUAACAAGAAACUCAAGUUGUCAUUACAUACUGCACAUGCGCGGUGGCGCGUGUGUAAUUUCUAUUUGGCUCAGCAAGUGUCCCGACGCGUCUUCUACUACUUGUUUUGUAAACAUUAUCGUUUGGAGCGGCUGGUUUGAAACCGAAACUUUGGUUCAGAACCUUCCAAACAACUGUAUUUGACCACAUGAGAUGCAGUGAUGGCAUCAGAGGAGAAGAAGCUGGACACAGAAACACAUAAGACACAUUCAGCAUCAUCAUCCUCUAAGUCUGCCCCUGUGAAGCCAAACUACUCAUUGAAGUUCACCCUCGCAGGCCACACAAAAGCUAUAUCAUCAGUGAAAUUUAGCCCAAGUGGUGAAUGGUUAGCCAGUUCAUCGGCAGACAAGCUCAUCAAAAUAUGGGGCACUUUUGAUGGAAAAUUUGAGAAGAGUCUUGCAGGACAUAAACUUGGAAUAUCAGAUGUGGCCUGGUCCUCAGACUCAAAUCUUUUGGUGUCUGCAUCAGAUGACAAGACACUGAAGAUCUGGGAUAUGAGUUCGGGAAAAUGUCUUAAGACACUAAAAGGCCACAGCAACUACGUCUUCUGUUGUAACUUCAACCCACAGUCGAAUCUUGUUGUUUCUGGAUCUUUUGAUGAGAGUGUACGGAUUUGGGAUGUCAAAACUGGGAAGUGUCUGAAGACCCUGCCAGCUCACUCGGACCCAGUCUCAGCGGUUCACUUCAACAGAGACGGAUCUCUGAUAGUAUCCAGUAGCUAUGAUGGUUUAUGUCGAUUGUGGGACACUGCUUCAGGACAAUGUCUGAGAACUCUUAUAGAUGAUGACAACCCUCCUGUCUCAUUUGUGAAGUUUUCUCCAAAUGGAAAAUACAUUCUAGCUGCAACACUGGACAAUACCUUAAAGCUCUGGGACUACAGCAAAGGAAAGUGUCUCAAGACAUAUACUGGACAUAAGAAUGAAAAGUAUUGCGUGUUUGCCAAUUUUUCUGUGACUGGAGGAAAGUGGAUCGUCUCAGGCUCUGAAGACAAUAUGGUGUAUAUUUGGAACUUGCAGACCAAAGAAAUUGUGCAGAAAUUACAAGGGCACACAGAUGUAGUGAUCUCGACAGCCUGCCACCCUACAGAAAACAUCAUUGCCUCUGCAGCCCUGGAGAACGACAAGACCAUCAAACUGUGGAAGAGUGAUUGUUAAGUUAAAGCAUAGUACUUCAGAGGCUUUAGUAGAAAAAUUUAGACUGACUUCGAAUAGUGUCUGUAUUUUACAAUGGUUUGAUAGCACAUGAAUGCAGGUUUAUCUGAGAGAUGGGCAGGUCCUAUCUGCUUAUAAUAGUGACAUCUCACUUAUCAUUAAGCCUUUUCUCCCCUUAAAGUUUUAAUUCACCCAAAAAUGAAAAUUCUGUCAUUAAUUACUCACCCUCAUGUCGUUCCAAACCCAUAAGACAUUUGUUCAUCUUUGGAACACAAAUGAAGAUCUUUUUAAUGAAAUCUGAGAGCUUUCUGUCCCUCCAUUGACAGCCUAGGCAGCUACCACUUUCAAGCCCCAGGUAGUAAAGGUAGUAAGGACAUCAUUAAAGGAAUCCAUGUGACUCCAGUGGUUUAACCUCAAUUUUAUGAAGCGACGUGAGUGCUUUGUUUGCACAAAAAAACAUUAUUUACAAAAUAUUAAUCUCGCAACUACAUCUGCUCUCGCGUCAACCCAACAUGCGUACGUGGUAGUGCUCUUGUGGACGUUGGAGAUUAAUAUUUUGUAAAUAAAGUGGUAAAUUAUGUUUUUUUGCAGUUGUGUAGGCUGUCAAUGGAGGGACAGAAAGCUCUUAGAUUUCAUUAAAAAGUUCUUAAUUUGUGUUUCAAAGACGAAGAAGUUCCGAAGAUGUCUUAAGGGUUUGGAAUGACAUGAGGGCAAGUAAUUAAUGACAGAAUUUUCAUUUUUGGGAUAACUAACCCUUUAAUAUACUGUAUAAUCUACUGUAAUGUUUUCAGUUCGUUUUAAUUUAUUACUGAAGAGCAAAUGUUUUCUAUCAAAUCAUGAAUACUAUUGUUUUAUUGUUCUAUUUGGGUAAAAAUAUAUGUACCAAAAAUGUAUAUAUAAAUGUUUUUGUUGAACGAGAAAA